AUGGACAUACAGCAUGGCAAAGAUGUCAAGAUGGAGAAGAGAGAGCCCUCUGAUGCUACCACCAGGAAGAGGGUGAAACAAUCUGUUUCUAUUCCAUUCGUUUGGGAAGAGUUUCCAGGAGUACCUAAGAAGGACUGGAAACCCAAUCCCGCCCAGAAAAAAUUCGCUGCACCUCCAGCUAAGUACAUUGCUUCUGUACCUUUCAAAUGGGAAGAAAAGCCAGGAACACCACUUCAAUCAUUUUCUCAGCCACCGCCAAAUGGUUCAACAUUUGCACCAGUUUCAAUAUUUGCACCAGGUCAGGGGAAUUUUAACAGCUUCACACCAUCGACCGGACAUUACGGAGGCCACGACAACAUUUGGGUUACCUUCAAUGAUCAGGACGGCGAUGAGAUUGACAUGCAAGAUUCAUCAUAUCCAGAAACAUGCGACUCUGAAACAGAUGAUUCCUACACGUCGGCAGCUCCUUCUCUGUUGGCCAACGGCCUUGUGCCCACCAUGGCCAUUUCCAAUGCUGUUCCUGUCCAACAACUUUCAGUUACAGGUUUUCAAAACCAGCAGAUGGAAAGUCCUGCUUCACCAGAUUCACAAACGGACGGCAGUACCGCCAGCUACGAUGACACUGGAGCUACAAGCCUAAAAGGGGCUUCUUUCUUAGAGUGGCUCUUUCCUCUAUUAACCCCUAAGGCAAACUUCCUGGGAAAGGUCGACCGCCAUGAAAGGAGCGAUUCUCGUCUGCAGUCGAGGAAGCACAGCAAUGAUUUCCUUUGUGAACAGAACAACAGUGCCUCAAUUACGAAACCAAAAACACUAGGAGAGCUGAUAAUGAUGAGUCGGAGAUAUAGUUACCAAAGGAAAGCCAUACAAAUGCAGACACAAAGAGCGCCUAAGGUAAAUCUAACUUUCAACUCCUCUUGA